UUUAAAAAACUAUCAUGGAAAUAAAGAUAUUUGAGGACCCUGAAUCCAUUUCAAGCGUGGCUGACUCAGAACAAGCAGUAAACUGACUGAAGGAUAUUCUGUUCGGACAAUCACUCACAGACGACGAAACUACUACUGGAUUCCAAGAAUAUUCGACUCACCAGUUAGCAUACUCUCCUUCUUGGAGCAAUAAUACGCAACAAACAAGGAUCGUGUUAUAGUCAGUACGCGGAAAUAAAUUGGUUGAAGUCAUCUCAGAGUACAUCGAGGUAAAACAUACCAAGGUUUAUCCGUACCUCGAGGUAAUCAUCAACACUUGCUUGAGACAAUUCUCAGGAGACUGCAGCACGCUAGUGAAGGAAGCAGCACUCCACCCAGUCAUCCAGAUCAUGAGAGCUUACGAGCCAGAGCAGAUAAAAGAUUACAUCGAUCCCGCAAAGCUGAUCAAAAUCAUGCUGGAUGAAAUCAAGCUUCAGGCUCUUGGAGCUACCCUAAAAGCUACGAUUUGGGAAGUUGUAGGAUGGCUUCACAAGCUGUUUCCAAAUGAGACUCUUCUCUACAGGCCUGAAACCCAAGAUGUCAUGAUGAGCACCCUCAUCGAGCUAGUAGAGUCUGCGAAAUUCGAGAUAAAGCAUAUGUGAGGACUGCUCAGAGGAUUCACCCUUGGUCUCCAUGACUGCGUACUUGAGCCAGAUAAGCUACUCAGGCUAUUCCAAAUUGCAAAAGUGUUUAUCGAGCCCAGAAAAGAGCUAAGCUCUGUUAGAAUUCAAGUCGAGGCAAUGACUCUUAUCUCUACCCACAGCGCCUUGUUUAAAGACGACCUCAGAAAACAAGCAACAGAGAUCAUCAAUAUGGCUCUAAAUAUUGGCACAAAGCAGGCCAAUCAGGAUGUCAGAGAGGCCUCUGGUGAACUCCUUGCCCAAGUUGCUGCUCAAGUUGCAGACUUCGACGAUGAGGAUGAGGACUCCAAAGAGACUGCCAAGGAGGUUAUAGACCUUCUCACCCAGGUAUGGAAUGAACAGAACGAGCACAGUCUCAAAAUCGAGCCAACCGUGAAAGCAGUUGGAAUCUUAUCGAAAGGGAUCAGAUCUAUCCUAGGAGAAGACACCCUCAGAAUUUACCUUGAAAAACUUAUGUUUGUUGAGAUGAACACCUACCGAAUAGUCGAGGAGUUUGGCGACCUCUCCAAUCCUGAGACAGAGGUCAAGAAGUUCAAAGUUAUUCUGAAGAAGCAAAAGCAAAUGAUUUCAAUCUUGGGAAGCUACGCUCACUUUGUCACCAAUAUGGAUCUGCCUCCUGGGGAAAGAGAAUGCCAGCACUUCUUUGACCUUGCACUGACCGCUACAAGGAACUUCAGGAAGCUGUAUGUAAAGUGGAGGCCGAGAUUCCUGGAAGCCUUAGCUUCUCUCAUAAUGGCUCUGCAUAAACACCAAGCUAUGUUCAUUCAUUGGAUUGCCAAAUUUGUCAAGCAAGCUAUUGGAGACAUCAUCACAUCCCACGCAGGAGCCACUCAAGCAGAGCUCGAAGAAUCUCUUGACGACAGUGUUCACUUUUGGAAGGGACUGAUCGAAGCAACAAAAGAAAUCAAUGAGCCAACUUGAGUGCAUGUAUACGAUGCUCUGCUCAACACUCUAAUUGGCUAUUUCCCGAGUGUUAUUGGUGGAGACAACGUAGUCCUCAAUGCAACAGAAUAUGACAAACACUCAAACGCUUUUCUGUCAAGACUGACAGAUUUCAUGAUCCUGCUCCUUCCCAACUGUGAAAGCCAGUGGUUUGCGAGGUGGUACCCCAACUGAGUGCUCCAGAUUCAAAAAUUAAUGAGGACGCAUGAAAGCUCAAAGAUAUACUUGCUCAUGGUGGUACCUCUACUCACAGUUAGUGUAGAAGAUCUCACCAGCCCCAAAAACCACCAGAUUUCGCCAAUUAUCCAAAGAUGGAUAACAACAACAGCUCUGCCUCAGCUCGGAGAUUACAAAUCUGGCUUCCUAACUAUAGGCACUUCUGAACGGAACAAACACAUUUUGCUAGACUUCGUUGAAAAGGUCGGCCAACUCUCCAAAACUGAAAAAUCCCGCAAAGAGAUCUUCGAGUUCUUAUUCUCCUUCAUUGCCUCCAGCAAGGAGGGCGACUAUGAACAAGAUGAUGAAAAGAAAAGGGAAGCCCAUGGGGAACCUAAUAUAGACUUGCCCAACGCCCGCAAGGGAAGAGCCAUGGCCAUCAAGAAGCUCAGAGCUGCUAAACAAAAUCUGACUCUAAGAAGUACGGAGAAGUCGUCAUAGAGGCCCGGGCCAUUGGCCUCCUUGGAAAACUCGGAGGCAUCAACC